GCAAAGCCACCUUUAGAGAACAGUUGGCGUUUGUUAUAUUACAGCAAAUAAUGGAGUGGUUGCACUUCUUACGUACUUGAUAAAACUUUCAAAAAGAAGAAUCUGCCAUGAGUUUUCAUCAUCAUUUCCCUCAACUCGCCUAGGGGCUAGGGCCUUGUUGAAUUUCUCUACCGAACUAUAACAUCAACAUGAGCAGUGAAAUUUUCCAUGAAUUCAAGAGGCAAGCUUCCUAUUUCUUCACGGAGAAGAUUAAAACUGCCCGGUUGGUUCUGACAGAUGUUACACCUGCAGAAUUAAUGACAGAAGAAGCUACAAAAGGAAAUACAGGGCCACCAGACAUACGUACCAUGGGAGUGAUAUCUCGGGCUGCCUUUGAAGUUGAUGAUUAUUGGAGAAUUGUGGAGAUUCUACACAAGAGGUUGUUUAAAUUUGAUAGAACGAAUUGGCGAGAUUUUUACAAGGCUCUAAUUCUAUUGGAACACCUUCUAACCCAUGGACCACGGAGAGUUGCUGAGGAGUUUCAGUGUGAUAAAGAUGUUAUUAAGGAGAUUGGAAACUUUCAGUAUAUCGACGAGAGAGGAUUCAACUGGGGAUUGAAGGUUAAAGACUCAUCUGAGAGGGUAUUGAAGCUUCUUGAAAGUGAGACACUUCUCAAGGAAGAGAGGGCUAGAGCUCGAAAGCUAACACAUGGGAUUGAAGGGUUUGGGAGCUUCAGUCAGCGGUCCUCUUCAAAAGAUGCAAUCAUGAAAGACUCAGCUUUUCAAAGAUUUGGGAGAUCUAAUUCUCACUGUAAUGAUGAUCAAAAUCCCGAAAAUGAGUUAUUGGUCUCAAGCGAAAGUCUCAUCAAGCAAGGGACUAGAACAGCACAGCAAACUCAUGAGGGUAUCAACUCAGUGCUUAAGGAGCCAGAAAAUGAAUCAGACCCCUGGGUUGGGAGAUCUAGUUCACACUGUAACGAUCAUCAAAAUCCCGAAAAUGAGUCAUUGAUCUCAAGCAAAAGCCUCAUCAAGCAAGGGACUAGAACAGCACAGCAAACUCAUGAGGGUAUUAACUUAGUGCCCAAGGAGCCAGAAAAUGAAACACACCCAUGGGUUUCCCAAGGAAUUAGACUUCGGAUAAAUGUCUAAAGCAACAGUCUAUUUGCUUGAUUGGGAGCUGUAGAAGGUCAACUAGUUAAGGUGGUCUAUAUACUCUAUAGUCUAUAUUCCCUAUGUUAAACAGUUGCUCUUAUUUUACCCAAAAAAAUAAACAGUUGCUCUUAGAAUA